AUGCUGUUCAAUAUCUCUUUGCCUUAAUUUUUGUUAUCACAUUGUGGGUCUGCCUGCAGACCUCUUCUCAAAUUUCGGUGUCCUAAUAUGGCUCCCUCGUUGGGAUUCUGGGAGUCAGCAAGCGAAGGCCAGACACCUACUAUAAGUCAUGAUGCUACUUCACGUGCACUUCCAGCCAGGAACAUCUUGUACAUUGAUGCAUAUGACUCCUUCUCCUACAAUGUUGUUGCCAUGCUGGAAGAAGUUCUCAAGGCCACAGUCUCAGUCUUGAGAAUUGACUCAUCAUGGCCCAAUGGCAACAUGGCCGACUAUGUGCAGCGCUUCGAGGCCGUCGUUCUUGGGCCUGGUCCGGGCGAUCCCCAUAUUCCUCAAGACGUGGGGAUCAUGAGAGACAUCUGGAACCUGGAGGGCAGGAACCAACUACCUAUCUUUGGAAUAUGCCUUGGCUUCCAGAGUUUAUGUCUGCACCACGGGGCUUCGAUUCGUCGACUUCCAUACCCCAUUCAUGGGCAGGUCCGUCGCGUUCAGACAGCACAGGAGGACAUUUUCCGAGAUUUUCAGGAGCUGGAAGUCACGCUGUAUCACUCGCUUUACGCUGAAAUGAAGUCAUCCGUCUCCGAUGGCGGUCACCACAACGGCUUCGUUGCGCAAGAUCUGGAUCUCCUUGCCUGGCUGUCCCUUGAGCAAGACGGCGCACCCCAACAGGCACGAAUUCCAAUGGCUGUUCGCCACAGGAAGAAGCCAUUCUGGGCCGUUCAAUUUCAUCCUGAAUCCUGCAAGUCAGAUAGAAAAGCAUGCAGUGACCUGCUCAAAAAGUGGUGGGAUGCGGCUCUCCGAUACAACAAACUGAAUGGACGAGGCAGCUACAGUAGCAUGUCAAUUGUCGCGCCUAGGUCUUCCGGUGACCUGCCAUUCAUCCCGGACAUUGUCCAUACUAUGUUGGAGUGGAGUGCGUCAACAUCGAGUCACUCCUCCUCCCGAACUUUUAAGUCCAAGCAACUAGGAGCCGAGAUAAUCUGCGAGGCCCUCAAUAGUUCGGGGUCGGCAGCUGUCGUUUUCAAGUCUAACGGCCGGUACAGCAUCAUAUCUGUACCUAGCUCAAACACUUGGAGGCUCGAAUACUAUGCGCAGAAUGAACGUCUUUUUUUAGAGAAGUUAUCAGUCGGCAGCACGAAGAGCUCACCCAGUGAUCACCAAACCACAAUCGAGGAUUGCUUGUCAGCAUCUCGGUUCUGGAACGCACUCAAGUUCCUCAUGGAUGCCAAAAAAGUGCUCACGGGCGAUGAUACGGUCCCAUUUUGGGCCGGCUUUUUGGGUUACUUUUCUUACGAAAUGGGACUGGCUUCCAUUGCCCGUCCAAAAAGUCACGAACAGGAUUUCCAAGGGACGCAUGCCUCAGGAGCCGGUGGUCCGUCGAGCAAUCCUGCAGAUGCCAGCUUAUUAUGGACUGAAAGGAGCGUGGUCGUUGAUCAUCACACUGGCCGCGUCACCAUCCAGUCCACUUGUGCGACGGAUGAUUUGGCCAAUGGAUGGCUGGAUGAGACAUUGACGUCUCUCCAAAGGCUUGCAACUUCUGACAGAACCGCUGAAACUGAAGGUACGAUGACAGAUUCACAAUCUUUGGAUCGCAUUCUCGAGCAGGGUGUGGUACGAUUCCCGGAUCGGCAAAUAUACCAGGACCAAUUCGAUGCCUGUCGUGCACAACUACUAGCUGGCGAAUCGUACGAACUAUGUCUUACCAAUGAGACUACCAUAACAUUGCCCUCAGCAGAAAGCAAUAGUGGCCGCAAGGAGUUUCCUUGGAAACUGUACCGGCGUCUUCAGAAACAUAACCCUGCCGCCUUCAGUGCUUAUGCCAGACUAGGAAACCUCAAGAUUGUCAGCAGCAGCCCUGAAUGUUUCCUUAACUGGGACCGUCACUCUCGGUUAGAAAUGAAACCAAUGAAAGGAACUGUGAGGAAGACGAACGACAUGACUCUUGAAAAGGCGCGCGAAAUCCUAGGCACGACCAAAGAGAUGGCAGAGAAUCUUAUGAUUGCAGAUCUCAUCCGACACGACCUCUACGGUAUCUGUGGCUCGGGAGGGGUGCAUGUGGAGAAGCUUCUCGAGGUAGAAGACCAUGGGCGCGUCUACCAAAUGAUCACGCAUGUCAUAGGAGAGGUCGACCCAAACCGACCUGGCUUUGCGGCUCAAGAUAUGCCACAAAUACAGUCAAACGGCAUGUCAGCAUAUGGCCUAACGGCGCUGCAGCAAUGCCUCCCACCUGGCUCUAUGACCGGUGCGCCGAAGGAACGAUCGUGCUUGCACCUUUCCUCGAUUGAGGAUCGAAACCGGGGAGUCUAUUCUGGUGCAAUGGGUUUUCUUGAUCUCGGUGGUGGAGGGAGCUUCUCGGUCCUGAUACGCACCGCCUUUACAUGUGCUGGCGACGAUGAUGUCGAACAGGUCUGGCGCAUCGGCGCAGGCGGCGCAGUCACCAUUCUUAGCACUGCUGAAGGCGAAUGGGAGGAGAUGUUAACCAAGUUGAGAACAGUCCUUGGGGCAUUCGUGCCGCUUGAUUGUCGGCCCAUGAAGAAUGCCUAGCAUGAUUCAUUGCCCUCUACCGUACUAACAUACAUUUCUUUACUUUGAUUGAUUGCAAAAGAGACUUUACAGAAAAUCGCAUUCAACAUCUACCAUAUACGAUGCGGCGUUUGGUUUCAUUCGCAUCGCGGGCAGGCCAUGCCCGCAGCUUUGGCGGAUUUGUUUUCACACCGAUUCUGAUUCUAUUCAACAAGAUACCCUACUAGCAUGUUGCGACUCGAUUACAACACUUGGAAUCUAUAUAAAUUCCCU